GGCUCAAGAUGGCGGCAAAAUAUGAUUGCAUUUUGAUGCAUGGACCACCUUUUUCAGGAAGCAACAUACACUACAGGAAAUUUCUCUCCCAAGAUCACAUCAGGAUUUGUCCAAGGCAAAUAUUUGCUGCUGACCAGAAAUGUGGAUUGAGAGAUGUUGUACUAGAUGUGCAUCAAUGCUUGAAGCAGGACCAGAAAGUGGUUAUUGAUGAUGACAAUGCCAGUGUUGCCAAAAGAUCAGCAUAUCUCAAGAUGAUCCAGAAAAAGUUUCCAGAUAAGACAGUUGCACUAAUUAGUUUAUUACCAAAGUAUGGAGAAGUUCAAGUAUUAUGGAACCAGGAAGUUUGCCUGAAUGGAGAGGAAGUAUUGGGGGUCAGUCACACUGACAUUAAGUCUUGGUUUGAUCCAACAACUGGCCAAGUGUCUUACAUCUCCAAUGAAGAACCUGAUGAAGAGGAAGGAUAUAAAAUAUUCUAUAAAAAAUCUCACCUGGAAAACUUUUCAACAUACAAGUUCGAUAUCCCAGGUCUGUUAAUACAGAUAGAGGCAAUAUACGUUAAAUCAGACAGCCCACUCAAACUAAAGGAAGGGCUGAAAGAGAUCUUCAUGCAUUGGAAUGAACAAAACCCAGUUGGAAGAAUCAUCUUUAUUCAGUAUGGUAACAGAGAACUUCCAAAAGAAAUUCAAAAUUUGCUGUCAAGGUUAGCAAAAGAGCUAGAAUUUCCAGUCUACCUGUUCCACAUUGUUGAUCCAACAGCAGCAGGACCAUUCUCAGAGCCUCCUAAUCCAGGGAUCCUGGCCUUCCUACAAAAGCGCCAUUGUCUGUUUUUACAUUGUACAAAAACUGUAUAUAUAUACAACACCCAGGAUCACAUGGACAUGGCCAGGGCUGCUGGUGUAAACUGUGUCAAGAUGACUCAAAUUCUACACAAUCCAGCUCUGGUUAUUGGUAGUCAUGUGAUCACUAGAUCCCCUGUCCCAGAAUACCUCAGAACCAUGGAGAUUCUACCAACAGACCAGACACCCUCUGGAACCCCCAGUCUUCCAUGUGUGACAGAGAAGGGAGAUUUUUUGGAGAACUGCAUGACAUGCAGACUUCCUCAGGGGAGACAGGAGUUCAUUUUUGCCAAAGAUUUCAAAACUAUUUUGAGUUAUCAAGAGCUAUACCAGAGUUGUGUGUCAGUAUUGAGACAACAGACCAGCAUUUAUACACAAAGUGGGGAUGAAGAAGACGAGAGAGAUCCAGACCAGAAAGCUACACUGAAUGACUCCACUAGAAAACUUCCUUCAUGGAUGAUUGGAAUGGAGACUCCCCCGGUGAGGAAGAAUACGCCUGCCAAAACUUCAUUAUGCAGAGAAGAGACUUCUAGUUCUACAGAGGGGCACACAAGAGAAACAGUGUAUGUAAUGACAGAAGAGGAGCUCCGAGAAGCUGCGAUACAUGUUUUGAAGCAGGCAGGCAGGAAUGUUUCUACAGCAACUGACACAAGGUCAGUAAGUGAAAAUUUAACCAAGGAGACAAAAAUAGAUCUGAAGAACAAAAAACCAACUUCUGCAACCAAAAUCCGUAAUCUGAAAACAAGAGUAUUGACGAAUAGUAAUGCAAGGGAACUGGACAGGGAGAGGCCAGGACCGAGCAGGGAUGGGACCGGUCGUAAUUGUGCUGUACUAGAGGAUCUGAUGGCAGACACAGGGGUCAGGAGGGCUAGUCCCCGAAAGACCAGGACAGGACUCCAGCUAAAGAAAGUUGCAGAAGGAAGCAAUACUCAGAAAUCUCCACUAGGGAAACGGUUACGUAACACUGAUAAAGAAACUCCAAAAAAUGCCCUGAAUGUCACAGACCAGGAAUUCCAACACUAUAAAUCAGAGAAAUUUAAAACCGGUGAGUCAUUCGAAUUGGGAGCCAGACUUCCACAGAAAGGCAAGCAGAAGGACCCAACGGAAACACAGCGCUGUGUUUGGGGUGAUUCUGAAGGCAGUCUACCAGAUUCUCAGGAACCAGGCCCUUCCGAUGUGUUCCACAGGACUCGAUUAAAGCCGAAUCAAAAUCUGUCCAAACACACGCACACAGACCGCAGUGAGACCGCAAAGUCUCAAGUCAGAGAGCCGAUGAAAAGACGAACUGAGUCCAGUGAUACCCAUUCACCUAAAAUUAGAAAAACUGUGGUGAAAAGUGACCCCGAAACUACUCGCAAACCAGAUUUGUCUAUUUUAGACGAAAUCUUUUUCUAAUUAAAACAAUAUCCCAUCA